AUGUCGAAGCCCGAAGACCUCCCUCCUAUGCAGUACCGCUUCCUCGGGCGAACUGGUCUCCAAGUCUCCGUCAUUUCUCUCGGUGGCUGGCUCACAUAUGGUGGCCAUGUUGACAAAGACGGAACCCUUGCCUGCAUGAAGGCUGCCUACGACUGCGGAGUCAACUUCUUCGACACCGCCGAGGGCUACGCCUCUGGCGAGUCGGAAAUCGUCAUGGGGGAGGCUAUCAGGCACUUUGGAUGGAACCGCAAUGAUCUAGUCAUCUCUACGAAGCUCUACUGGGGUGGCGCGUUUGGCAAGAACCCGGUCAACAACACCGGUCUGUCUCGGAAGCACAUAAUUGAAGGAAUGAACCAGUCCCUCAAGCGACUCCAGCUCGACUAUGUUGAUAUUAUCUACGCCCACCGACCCGACCGCCACACACCCAUGGAGGAGACCGUGAGGGCCUUCAAUCACCUUAUCGACACUGGUAAGGCGUUUUACUGGGGAACUUCGGAAUGGAACGCGGACGAGAUCAUGUCGGCGUGGCGGGUGGCCGACCGGCUUGGCCUCAUCGGACCUGUCGUAGAGCAGCCGCAGUACAAUAUGCUUGAGCGUCAAAAGGUCGAGGGUGAAUUCGCCCACCUCUAUCGUGAGAUCGGCCUCGGUUUGACCGUCUUCUCCCCCCUCAAGCAGGGCAUCCUCUCCGGAAAGUACAAGAACGGCAUCCCCGACGAUUCGCGGUUCGCCCAGACUCAAGUUGAGUUCGUCAAGGGUUUCUGGAAGGCCACAGGAAAGGAGAAGUGGGACGGCAUAAUUAAGCAGGUCAAUUCGCUCGAACCCAUCGCGGAGAGGCUCGGCACUAAGCAAAGCUCGCUCGCUGUGGCCUGGGCUAUCAAGAACCCGAACCUCAGCUCUGCUAUCAUCGGCGCGAGCUCGAUCGAGCAGAUUUAUGAGAACAUUCGUGCGCUCGAGGUUCUUGAUAAGUUGACGCCAGAGAUUAUGGAGGAGAUUGAUGAGAUCCUUAAGAAUAAGCCGCCUGCGAUUACUCCUAGGUAUUAA